AUGGCUGAAUCAUUAGGGCAUGAUGUCAAUGAUAUCAUAGUUAAUAGGUCAUCAAUUAAACGACAUCGUGAAAAAAUGCGUUGGAAUUUAGCUACAGAAAUUCGCGACAUAUUUUCUGUGACUAAUCUCAAUGCCUUAGUUUUACAUUGGGACGGCAAGUUUGAGAAGACGAUACAGACAUUUUGCAAUAAUGUGAUAUAUGAUGAAGUAUUUAUUUAUUGUCCUGAUUACAACGAAUCAGGAGAAUAUACUCUCGAAAAUUUUCCAUAUGUUGGAAAAAAACUUAAAAAUCGAUUACUGCAAACUGAUAAAUACGUCAAAUNUCAUUUGCGACUUUUUGAUAUAUUUAGAUACAUCAAAUAUACUUUUUAUAAAAAAGAAAUAGAAGUAUUUCUUACACUACUACUAACAGCAACAUUUCGUCCUAUAGCUUUACUCGUAAAUUUCUUUGUCGUAAUUCUUAGGAAAUUAUCACGCGAAUACGACUUUAAUAGUAACGAACAAGAAGCUUUAAAAUACUAUGAAAAUAUUAUUUCUGUUGGUAAAAGAAUAAUUGAUUGUUUUAACAAUUUUGUUAAUUUGAAUCUUUUUGGUGACAAUCCAAAUCAAGUUUUUUUAGAAUUUUUAAAUAAAACUAUUAACUGUUAUAAUCACUUAAUUCAAAAAAAGAAUGAUGAUCUGGUAAAUUUAUGCAAUGAUUUACAGGAUACAUUAAAAUUAUUUUUGUAUAAUAACAAAUUUAAGAUUAAUAUUCUUACUGAACAUUUUACAAAUGAUAUUAAUGAUAAUCUAAUGAAUGCAUUGGUUGUGAACCUGGAACAAUCAGAAGAAUUCGUAGCAGAAUUAAUAAAACAUAAUAAAUUCUUUAAAGUAGCAAAAAAAUCAUGUAAUAUUAAUUGCACGUUGAAUAAUGAAUACACAUACGUUUUCAAUGGAUGUAUAUUACACACGCUUUGUAAAACUAAAGAUAUUUACACAGAACUAUAUAAACUCAACGGCGAUGCAGCCACUCAAAUCGGCGAUGUCAAAGAAAAAAGUGAUGCUGAUGAUAACGAAAAUAAAAACAAAAUUAUUAUGGAGCAUCAAAAUUACCCUAACAAAAAUAAAUAUGAAUGCAAUAUAGACUGUAAUUAUCCCUAUCCUAGGUACAUAAUAGAUUACAUAUUGUUUUUAUAAAUUGUACUUAAUAUAAUAUUUAUAAAUAAAUAUUCAGAAGGGUUGAGUUUGAGAUUUUUUUAUUAAAUUAUAAAUU